ACAAGGUAACGAUCUAGGGUUCUUUUAUGAGUCUUGUUAUGUUUUCAUUUUCCUCUCUCUGAAUCUGAUCAAAGGGUUUUCGUUUUUCGCCGCUCCAGAUUUUGUGGAAAGGAUCUGACUUUUGAGUAAUGGCUCCAGCUAAAGUUGAUGUAACCAAGAAGGCUGACCCAAAGGCCAAGGCCUUGAAAGCUGCGAAAGCGGUGAAAUCAGGGCAAAUCAUUAAGAAGAAGGUGAAGAAGAUCAGGACAAAGGUGACAUUCCACAGGCCAAAGACAUUGACAAAGGCUAGAGACCCCAAGUACCCACGCAUCAGUGCAACUCCAAGGAACAAGUUGGACCAUUACGGAAUCCUCAAGUACCCACUCACCACCGAGUCUGCCAUGAAGAAGAUCGAAGACAACAACACCUUGGUCUUUAUUGUUGAUAUCCGUGCUGACAAGAAGAAGAUCAAAGAUGCUGUCAAGAAGAUGUAUGACAUUCAGACCAAGAAAGUCAACACACUCAUCAGGCCUGAUGGAACGAAGAAGGCGUACGUGAGAUUGACUCCUGAUUAUGAUGCUUUGGACGUUGCUAACAAAAUUGGAAUCAUCUAAGUUAAUUAUCAUACCAUCUGAGCUGUCAUUUUACAUUUGGAGUUUGAAAACAGGGUCUUGUCUUAGUCUCAGUUUUGCUAGAAAAAAGGAUAAUCUCUUUGUUGUGCUUUAUCGUUGGGAUUCUAAGCUAUGUUUUGGUAUUUA